AGUCCCCGGGAAGCCAUGAGAAAGAAAGGCGGCAUACUCCUUCAGACCAGGAGACUACAACACCCAGAAUGCUUUGCUACACUACCUUCGCGGGGUUGGAGACGGUCUCCUCCAGCUGCGCAGGCGCAAAGGGAUACUCCCUUUGAGGACUCCAUUGCCCAGGGUGCAUUGCUUUCAGGAGCACUUCUCUUUCCGUCUGGGAUCGUGAAGUUCUCCGCUUGGGGUCUGAGGGGUCCGAGACUCCGUUACCCAGCUCCCUUUGUGAAGUGCUGUUGCGCACUUCCGGUGGAAGCGCAAGGCGAGGGGGUGGAGUCUACGGAGCCGGUGGGCGGUGCUGCCGGUAGCUGGGUGCUGUCCAAAGGCUACAGGGCGUCGCUAGGGGAGCGAGCUGUGACCGGUUGGGCCGCUCUUAGCGUGGGACGGAGCUUCGGCUACAGUUCGGCUACCUGCGGCCUCCCCUUCAUGUCGGCCCUCGAGAAGAGCAUGCACCUCGGCCGUCUGCCCUCUCGCCCGCCUCUCCCCGGCAGCGGGGGCAGUCAGAGCGGAGCCAAGAUGCGAAUGGGCCCUGGAAGAAAGCGGGACUUUUCUCCUGUUCCUUGGAGUCAGUACUUUGAGUCAAUGGAAGAUGUAGAAGUAGAGAAUGAAACUGGCAAGGAUACUUUUCGAGUUUAUAAGAGUGGCUCAGAGGGUCCUGUCCUACUCCUUCUGCAUGGAGGAGGCCAUUCUGCCCUUUCCUGGGCUGUGUUCACGGCAGCAAUCAUUAGCAGAGUUCAGUGUAGGAUUGUGGCUUUGGAUCUUCGAGGUCAUGGUGAAACAAAAGUCAAGAAUUCUGAAGACCUGUCUGCAGAAACAAUGGCAAAAGAUGUGGGCAAUGUGGUUGAAGCCAUGUACGGGGACCUCCCCCCUCCAAUUAUGCUGAUUGGACAUAGCAUGGGCGGUGCUAUUGCAGUCCACAGCUCAUCCAACCUGGUGCCAAGCCUCCUGGGUCUGUGCAUGAUUGAUGUUGUGGAAGGUACAGCCAUGGAUGCACUUAAUAGCAUGCAGAAUUUCUUACGUGGUCGUCCUAAAACCUUCAAGUCUCUGGAGAAUGCCAUUGAAUGGAGUGUGAAGAGUGGCCAGAUUCGAAAUCUGGAGUCUGCUCGAGUCUCAAUGGUUGGCCAAGUCAAACAGUGUGAAGGAAUUACAAGUCCAGAAGGCUCAAAAUCUAUAGUGGAAGGAAUCAUAGAGGAGGAAGAAGAAGAUGAAGAAGGAAGUGAGUCAGUAAACAAGAGGAAAAAGGAAGAUGACAUGGAGACCAAGAAAGACCAUCCUUACACUUGGAGAAUUGAACUGGCAAAAACAGAAAAAUACUGGGAUGGCUGGUUCCGAGGCUUAUCCAAUCUCUUUCUUAGUUGUCCUAUUCCUAAAUUGCUGCUCUUGGCUGGUGUUGAUAGAUUGGAUAAAGAUCUGACUAUUGGCCAAAUGCAAGGAAAGUUCCAGAUGCAGGUCUUACCCCAGUGUGGCCACGCGGUCCAUGAGGAUGCCCCAGACAAGGUCGCUGAAGCGGUUGCCACUUUCCUGAUCCGGCACAGGUUUGCAGAGCCCAUCGGCGGAUUCCAGUGUGUGUUUCCUGGCUGUUAGUGACCUGCUCUGCAUCCCUCCUUCGACACUGAGCUCUGUUGUAAAUACAUCGCACCAGAGGCCACUGUGACGCCGCUGUCUCCUCCUCACCGUCCUGCCCGCCCACGUGACACCGGCUCCCUAUAGACGGGCAUCCCCAGAUGUACAAACCCUUUCGUGUAUUCCUGCCAAAAGCAUUGGUUUUCCAGGGCCUUUGACCAACAUCAGCCUCACCAGUCUAAGGGUCUGCAGCUCCUGUCCCUUCCCUGUGCAGGGGUCGCCCCAGCCUGUCCUCCCUGCCUGGCCCUGGGUGAAGCCUCUAACAGAACUGCCACCCCGGGCCCUACUCCUGGCAUUAGGCAGGGCCCUGUGUGCAGGCAUUUCCCUGCUCAGGGACCUCCAUUCCUUGAGGUUGUUCUUGCCGCGGUCCCGCCGUUCCUUGUGGGACGGACCAUGUACACAGGGUGGUCUUUAUUUUUCCUUUAUAAAUAAACACCAGUCAGGUACCUUUUUGUCCCAGUCUUGCUCUUCUAGGCUUGCAAGUCUCAGAGAGGCCAGGAUCCCAUCCUUAGGUACAGGGCAGGGCGGUGGGAAGCGCCACCAGAACCCAGCCUGAAAAUCAGGCCCCGCCCGUCCAAGCACAUGGCCUCCCCUCUUGGGACAGUCCAUCGUCCCACUCCCAUGUCUGGGCACCUGCCCCGGGCUGAGGCCAGGCUGCUGCAGGGGCCUCUUGAGCCCCCACCCACCGCAGCGUAACCCAGGUUGAGUACAGCCCAGGCACAGAGCCGCGGGCUGGAGCCGUGGAGUUGGUUUUAAGAGUCAGAUCUAACCGUGUUCGUAACUGGUCCCUGGAGGUGUGCAGGAGUGCCCGCUUGCCUUUUCUAGACCCACAGCUUGUCUUAGCCAUUUGUGGUUUCCAUGUCACUCUUCACAGAAACAGCACAGCCCAGCAUCCUCAAUAUUUGCCCUCUUCCAGCCGCCUCUUGUCAGCGCUGCAGCCCCCUGCGGCCCGGGCACGCCCUUUCCAAGGGCAGUGGGGGGCGGUCUCAUGCAGCCCCCCUGCUCUGUGACUGUCUUAGGUGAUGCGUAGCCCCUCCACCUUCCCACCCAACAACUUCCUCUCCCUGUCCUGCUGCAGGGUCCGGAGUCUGGGACCUACUUUGUUUCUUUGUUAUUUAAGACCUUGUUUAGAGAAAAUAAAUAUCUCCCAACCUUUAUCUAUCC